AUGUGUAAAGUGACAGACUUCGGAAUGGCCAGAGAUGUGCUGCAGGAAAAUAUUUAUGAACGAAAGACUAAGGUAAUCAAGAAAAAGGGGAGGUGAGGGCGGUAUUACAUUUCGUUCAGUUUAGUGAUCUUUGACAAUCAUUGUUGUGGUAAAGCUGAUAUAUUCCUGAUUUCGAUCAUGAAUUCCUUGGGAACUUCAUGAAAUUAUUAGCCAUGUGUAUACGAGUAUAACUUUAAAUAUCACUGUUUUUGACUAGUCGCUUCCUAUAAUUCUCGAGCCGUUUCACAAAGUGAUAUUUAAAAUCUUUAGGGCCGUCUUCCCGUGAAGUGGACAGCUUAUGAGGCCUUAUUGUAUGGUAAAUAUACCACCAAAAGUGACGUGUAAGUAUACCUGAUUAUUACCCGUAGCAGUUUAUCAACGAUUUUAUUAUUUUAAUCAAAACUUGAAUUCUAUGCUUUGUCAAAGAAUACAUUUAUUUUAUUUGUCGUUUAUACUGUUUAUGUCUAUAGUCAAUUAAUUUAUAUUCGUUUGAUUUGUCUUUCUGCAGAUGGAGUUAUGGAGUUUUGUUGUACGAGAUUUUCAUUAUAGGUAACAUCGAAUGGAAUUUUAUGAGGCUCUGUAGAUGUUUUUUGCGUUAUACCAUGUGUAAUUAAACAAUGUAUCGUGUUCAGUUAGACGAACGUUAUGAGCUUCAAACUACAUCUAAUGACAAAGGUGGUGUUUCAGUGAAGGUCUUUUUUCGUCACAUUUAUAUUUCGAUGGUCGAUGGUCUUGUGGUUCUUCCAGGCGGUUUACCUUACCCACGAAUGGAUGGAAGAAAUAUUGCAAACUUACUCCAGGAUGGAUACAGGAUGCCUAAACCACAACACGUCGAUGAAAAAUUGUAAGUUUUCUUUGUUACUCGUUCUCCCUCAUCGUACAAGGAAACUUCUUUAAAUCUUUAACAGAUCAUUUGAACGAUGCCUGGUAUCAGAUCAUGAUGAAAUGCUGGAAGAAUGACCCAGACGCAAGACCAACUUUCACUGAAUUGAAAAAUCAGCUUAAGGACAUGGAAACCCUACACAAGGUCAGAAUUUUGAUCAAAAUGAAAGUUUCUUUUCACGUAGGACCAUUGAGCCUAAACAGCGUAGUAAUAUGAACUCAUCUCUGUAAUUUUUACGAAGUUUGGAUUGCAUCUUUUUGUUAAAUCACUGAAGCUAGUACUCCACGAAAAACAUCAAAGAAGUGAACUAGAAUGUUUCAAUGACAAUUAACACUUGAUGGUUAUUUAAAAGAUCAUAGGAUGAUUGCAAAACUGGAUAACCACCUAAAACUUUUUUAAUGGUGCUGAUUAUUAUAUUAUUUUUCUCUGCAGAAGCUAAUUGACAUGAAAAUGUACGACAAGCAAUUGUAUGCAAACGUCGAGGAUUUAACGGUGUAG